AUGAAUGGCACAUCGAAUUUAGCUGCCACUCAAGUUCGUCCUCCUAAUGCCCAAUUAACCGAUCGUUUACUCGCCAUCUAUUCUCUUUUGUUGAUUCUCAUCGGUACUCCAUGUAAUCUUCUUUGUUGCGUUAUUUAUUUUCAAAAAAUCAACCGUUCGAAUUCGAUCAAAAUCAUCUUCGGCUACUUAGCUUUCCUCGACACAAUUGUACUAUAUACAUUCAAUUUAAACUACGUUGUUCGAGAAUUUAGUGUUGAUUUCAAAAUUACUUCAUUGAAAAGUCAGAAUAGUAAUAAAACUUCUCAUGGAGAUCAGGUUCAUGCCAUUGUUACGAAAAAGAAUCUCGAAGAAUACUCGUUAUUCAUGUGUCGAUUUCUCUCCUAUAUUGCAUUUUCUAUCCUUCAAACAUCAUCAUGGGUAUUAGCGUUUGGUUCGUUUAAUCGUUAUCUACUAGUGAAGAAAUUAGCGCGUUUCGAGUUCAUUUGUAAACGACCCUACACGAUCGCUAUCUGUUUAUUGUUAACCUGCUCAUUUUUCUUGUCAAAUACACAUAUUCUCUGGAUGAAUGGUUAUCGUUCAUCGACUGGAAACAUAAUCUGUUAUAGCAAAGUCAACUCUCCUAGUUAUAUGGUGUGGUAUCAACGUUAUCAUCUCUUUAUGUAUUCAGUUCUACCGAGUUCGAUUCUAUUGAUAUUCAACACGUUGUUAAUGCGGAUUAUAUUCGCGAGUAAGAAACGCUUGGAUAAUCAUAAACGUUUAGUUCUAAUCGCUGCCACGGCGACAACGACAAUUCCACUAAAUCGACGGAAGAGUUUUCUCGCCCUACAACAUUCUUCCUCGGCGGCGUUAAGACGUCCGAACCGAAAUAGUCCGUCGAGAUUAUUGAAUCGACAUAGUCGAAAACUAACCAUGUCGUUAAUAUUUAUCACCAUCUCGUACUUUAUGUUAACAUUUCCAUCGACGAUAAUCUUCUCAUUUAUUCGUCAAUAUAUUACACGAUCAGAUCUUCGACGUACGGUCUCCCUAUUCUUCACGAAUUUAUCGACAACCACGCAUACGAUCCGAUUUUUUAUUUAUUUUUUCUGUUCAAUUGACUUUCGGAAUGAUUUCUAUAAUUUAUUUCUACUCAAACGACCAUUUCGUCUGAAUUUUAUUAAAAAACGAGGACAUCACCAUCACCAUCAGCAACAACAAUCAAUCACAUUAAAUCCAAGUAAUCGACAGACGGAACUGAUUUUACUGACAAAUAGAAAUGAGCCAGUUGAAUACAACAGAGAAAACUAA